CGUAGCUCUCAUGUGACCAGGAGUCGACGUGUGCAGAAAUCCUGUUAGUCUGGUCCUUGUUUCCAUCUGGGUACCAGCUUCCUUCAGCCUUGCAGGCGGCGGUGUGAGAGGGCCGCGGAAGGAGGAGACGGCUGGCUUGAAUUCUCCAGGUUUGUUCUUUGUACCGCUCCCGGCUGAAAUAAGUAGGUGAAAGAAACUGACCAGAUCCCUACCUGAAAUAACCGCAGUCGCGAAUAGGCAGGAAGAAGCAAAGAAGGAAGAGAAGCAUACACAAGAUGAAACCCUGCCAAAAAAUGGAAGGAAACCCAGAAAAUGGGGAUGAGCCAAAGCCCGAGGAAGAGCCAAAGCCCGAGGAAAAGCCAGAGGAGGGGGAAGGACCAGAAGAGGAGGAAAAAUCAGAGGAAACUUUUCGGGAGAUGCUGAUUCAGUCUCUUCAGGAUUUUAAGGAGGAUAUACACAACAGGCAUUUAAGCAGUGAGGAUAUGUUUAGAGAUGUGGAUGAAAUAGAUGAGAUAAGGAGAGUGAGAAACAAACUUAUAGUGAUGCGUUGGAAGGCUAAUCGAAGCCAUCCUUACCCAUAUUUAAUGUAGUUUGCCUUGCUUUCUGUUUCUCUGCUAUCACCAUUGCAAUAUAACUUUCUUUUUAUUAGCAUUUUCCUGAUAUACCUUUGCCCAUCUCCCUGCUUUGAAUCUGUUGCUGUUAGUGGUUUUUAGAUGUAUCUCUUCUUGUCUGCAUCUUAUUGUUGAUUAUAUUUGAACCAAUCUACAAGUCUCUGGCUUUUAAUAAGAGAGCUUUACUGAUUUGUAAAAAAAAAAAAAAAAAUGAGCUUC